AGCCUGUCUGCGGACUCCAACGAAGAAUGGUCGCGGCUGCAUCCGCAAAACCCACCCCGAAACCCGCGUUAAUUACAUUCGAGCCACGCCAAAUCAUGCUGGAGAAGCAGGCGAUGAAGAAUCAGAAGAAGGAGAAGGAUGGCAAAGAUAUUAAUAUCGCUCAACGGAAGGGCAAUCUCCUCCUCCUCCAAUCAAUAGCAUCUUAUCUCCACAACAAAGGAUUUUCCAAUACUCUUUCUGCUCUUCAAUUCGAAGCUCCGUCCGAGGUCGAUGGUUGGAAGGCAUAUUCUAUUGAUCUUGAGGAUGUGUUUUGCAAAUACUUGGAGACAAGUGAAUAUCCACUAGAAGAAAAUGUCAACAAGUCCAAAGACCGAGGGAUAGAUCUGAUGCUGGUGGAAAUUGCAGAUUCAUCAAAAGAUGGCAAUGCCCAAGAUGUUACAGAACCCAUUUCUAAGAAAAAGAGAAAGAAGAGCAAAGGCAGUGAGGCUGACACGGGAACUGAGUUAAAUAGACCUGAAGAUGGGAAUGGAUUGGCCAAACAUGUCAAUGAUUCAAUUGAGAAACUACCGGAUAUAGUUGUAGAUGAGUUACACGUUGAAUCUAAAGAGAAGAAAAGCAAGGACGAUUCAAAGAAGUACAAAUCUGAAGUUGAAAAUGGCGUUCUUUGUGGAGACCCACAUGGAAAAUCCAAAGAGAAGAAGAAAAAACACAAACUUGUUUCUGAUUCUCUCGGUGAAAAUAUCAAACAAGUCGAAACAGGCCAUGAAAGUCGAUCAGACGAAUUGCAAAAAAAAUCUAAAGAGAAGAAGAAGAACAAAGACAAGCCAAUCUCUGAUUCUUGUGACGAGAGUGCUGAGCAGGCCAAAUCGGAAGCAUUGCAGGAGGUGAUUGAAGAGGCUCUGUUAGACGAGUCAAACACAAAAUCUAAAGAUAAGAAGAAGAAGAAGAAACACAGAUCACUUUCUAUGGAUUGUGGGAUUACCGGAGAUUCUAAUGAAACCGAUUCCAAGGAGGACAAUGCUUCAGUUCCGGAUGAGAAUGCUGUUGCUGUUGUUGAUGAAAAGAAAAGUUCCAAGAAAAGGAAGAGAUUGGCAUCUGAGGAAGGAGAGCUUCAGGGUGGCGAUGAAACUGCGAGUAAAGAGUCGAAGCUAAGCAAAACAGAUGGUUUGAAAGAGAAGGCAAAGGAGAACGGAUUUCUAGUAGGAGACGGAGAUCUUAAUGCGGGUAAGAAAAGGAAAGCAGGAACAAGCGAAGCGGGUGUGGAUGUUUCUGCUGAUGGGCAGAAGGAAGCGAACGGACAUGCUGAUGUGAACGUCGGGAAAGAAGAAAGAGAAAGGGAUCCCACGCCUAAAACGAUGAAGAAAGAACGUAACGGCUCAGCUCAGCCCAAAACUGUAAAUGCAUUUCAAAGGGUGAAAGUUGAUGAGGUGGAAUUUGUAGAUGAGCGGCUUCAAGAUAAUUCUUACUGGGCAAAGGACGGUGCAGAUAUCGGCUAUGGUGCAAAGGCGCAAGAAGUUCUUGGGCAAGUCAGGGGCAGGGAUUUCCGACACGAGAAGACAAAGAAGAAGCGGGGAAGCUACAGGGGCGGACAGAUUGAUUUCCACUCACACUCAGUAAAAUUCAAUUACUCUGAUGAUGAUGAGUGAUGGUUGGUUGGGAUUCAAUGGCCGAUUUGUGAGUUCUUUUCUUCUUCCUUUUAUCCUUUGUGUCAUUUUAGCGAGGGUGAAAUCCACGCUUGUAUUUUUUGUAUUGGUUGGUUGAGAUGGAUCGAGAGCUCUGGCCAUUUUUGAUAUCACUAGGGAGAUGGGUCUUGUCUGAGUUUUGAUUUUGAUCUCUGGAUUUUAUAUAAAGACAGACAAUGCUGUUUAUUUA